AUGUCAGACCAGAGGUACCGACAAUUAGAUGAGAGUGUAUCAGGAAGUCAGGGGUCCAAGCCAGAUCUCAGUGAUAGCACCUGUGAGCCAGUGGUGGAGGGGGAACCAUUCACAAGCUAUUUUGAUGAAAAAAUCCCCAUUCCAGAGGAUGAAACUCACACUUGGUUCAGUUUUCGUAAGCUUUGGGCCUUUACUGGACCUGGCUUCUUAAUGAGCAUUGCCUAUCUGGAUCCAGGAAACAUUGAAUCGGACUUGCAGUCUGGCUCUGUUGCUGGUUUCAAGCUGCUAUGGGUCCUUCUGACUGCUACAAUUAUUGGCCUCCUUCUUCAGCGACUGGCUGCCAGGUUAGGAGUGGUGACUGGUCUUCAUUUAGCAGAAGUGUGCAAUCGGCAGUAUCCAAAGGUUCCCCGGAUUAUAUUAUGGUUAAUGGUGGAACUGGCUAUCAUUGGAUCUGACAUGCAAGAAGUCAUUGGCUCAGCCAUUGCCCUUAAUCUCCUGUCCGCUGGAAUAAUUCCAUUGUGGGGAGGAGUGUUGAUUACAAUUAUAGAUACAUUUUUCUUCUUGUUCCUAGAUAAAUACGGGCUGAGGAAACUAGAAGCAUUGUUUGGUUUUCUUAUUACAAUCAUGGCAGUGACAUUUGGAUAUGAGUAUGUGCGAGUUCGUCCUGACCAAGGCCAACUUCUGAAGGGCAUGUUUUUUCCUUACUGCGCUGAUUGUGGGAAUCCUCAACUUGAGCAAGCAGUUGGGAUUGUGGGAGCCGUCAUUAUGCCUCAUAACAUGUACCUGCAUUCAGCUUUGGUUAAGUCCAGGGAAGUGAAUCGCUCUAACAAGAAAGAAGUAAGAGAAGCAAAUAAAUACUUUUUUAUUGAGUCCACUAUAGCCCUCUUUGUGUCCUUCCUCAUCAACGUCUUCGUUGUGGCAGUGUUUGCUGAAGCCUUCUAUCAAAAGACCAACGACGAAGUGCUGAAUGAGUGCAUCAACAGUACUUUUAGUGGGCAGAGUAGCAGUUUGUUUCCAAACAACAAUGAUACUUUGAAUGUGGACAUUUACAAAGGGGGAGUGGUCCUAGGAUGCUAUUUUGGGGCUCCAGCUCUCUACAUCUGGGCUGUGGGCAUCUUAGCUGCAGGUCAAAGUUCAACAAUGACUGGUACCUACUCUGGUCAGUUUGUCAUGGAGGGCUUUCUUAAUCUAAAGUGGUCCAGGUUUGCUCGAGUGGUCCUUACCCGAUCUAUCGCUAUUACUCCCACUCUUCUGGUGUCCAUUUUCCAGGAUGUUCAGCACCUCACUGGCAUGAAUGAUUUCCUCAAUGUGCUUCAAAGCCUACAGCUACCGUUUGCUCUGAUCCCAGUGCUAACAUUCACCAGCCUGAGGCCUGUAAUGAACGACUUUGCAAAUGGACUGGGUUGGAAGAUAGCUGGUGGCAUCCUCAUCCUUCUCAUAUGCUGCAUAAACAUGUACUUUGUAGUCAUAUACGUGUCGGCCCUUGGAAACAUUGGACUGUAUGUUGGAGCAGCAAUUUUUGUCCAUUGUAUAUCUCUGUUUCGUGACAUAUUUGGUGAGUAUGUUUGCAAUAUCUUAUCAGACAUCGAACAGGGAGAGAAUUAUGAAUUUCCGCUAUCAAUGCAAAACAAAAAUGCAGCCUUUUCUUUUUAUCUAACAUUUUCCUUGGGGACAGUGCCCUCUAACAUCCUGCACGUGUCAUCAGAGAAAUCAGUAGAAUGCUAUUGCUAA